AUGAGGAUAGUGCGCGGGCUUGAGGAUGCGCGGAAAGUUCUUUGCGAAGGCAGGGGCCUGGGGCUGGACGAUGUGCCGCAGUCGCUGCUUGAGGGCAUAGCCGACCUAUUCGGUGAGGCACUGACUCCGAUGCAGGUGGUGGAGCGCAUUGUGCGGCGGGUGAAGGCCGAGGGUGAUGCGGCGGUGCGAGAUUUCUGUGUAUUGCUGGACGGCGCUUCGGCAGAUGAGUUUGAGGUGCCGGGGGAGGCUAUUGCGGAGGGACGCAGGCAGGCAUCGGCAGAGGUCGUGGAUGCGCUGGAGGCUGCGGCUGCACGGAUUCGCAGCUAUCACGAAGCAUGCGUGAGUAGAGGGUGGACUGACUACAGCGCAGGUUACGGGCAGAUCGUGAACGCGGUUGGGAGCGCAGGCGCGUAUAUUCCGGGAGGGACGGCGCUGUAUCCUUCGACGGUGCUGAUGACAGCGAUUCCGGCGAAGGUGGCGGGUGUCCCGCAGGUGGUGAUGUGUACGCCGACGAAGAACGGGGAACUGCCGCAUCCGGCGGUGCUGGCGGCGGCGGACAUCGCGGGCGUCGAUAGGGUUUUCUGCAUUGGCGGAGCGCAGGCUGUCGCGGCGAUGGCAUACGGGACCGAGAGUGUGCCGCGCGUUGACAUAAUCUGUGGGCCCGGGAACAUCUUCGUUACGCUCGCCAAGAAGCUGGUGUAUGGCGAUGUGGGCAUAGACGGGCUGUAUGGGCCAACAGAGACGGUUGUGAUAGGGGACAGCACUUCCAAUCCGACGCUGUGCGCGGUGGAUAUGCUGGCGCAGGCUGAGCAUGAUACGCUGGCGCGUCCGGUGCUGAUAACGACAUCGGAGCGGCUUGCGGAUGCGGUGGACGCGGAGAUCACGGCACGGCUGGAGCGGCUUGACAGGGGGGCGAUAGCGCGCGCGUCCACGCAGGAGCAGGGUUGCAUAGCGCUCGUUGAGAGUAUGGGACGACGCGCUGAAGUUGGCGAACGAAUUCGCGCCGGAGCACUUGUGCCUGAUGAUGGAUGGCGGAUGGGAGUAUCUGGGAAAGAUAAGGAACGCGGGAGCGGUGUUCAUCGGGGACUUCUCGCACGAGGAGAAAUUAAGCGACUGCUACGACCGCAUCUGGCAGAUGUGCAGACAUACGAGGCGGUUGAUCCGCCGGAGUUGAUUGCCCGGCGCGCGGGGAUACCGGAGAGCGAGAUCGUGAAGCUCAAUGGUAACGAGAAUCCCUACGGCGGCUCGCCGAAGGUUGCCGCAGCCGUUGCGAAUGCUCCGGUGCAUAUUUAUCCGGACCCGUUGCAGCGCAAGGUGCGGCAGGCGUUGAGCGAGUACACGGGCGCGGCUUCCGAAGAGAUAAUCGCGGGCGCGGGAAGCGACGAGCUAAUCGACCUGAUGUUCAGGCUAUUCAUGGAGCCGGGCGACAAGGUGCUGGAUUUUGACCCGACAUUCGCAAUGUACGGCUUCCUUGCACGAGUUGCGGGCGGCGAGACUGCGAUGGUACAGCGGGACGAGGUGUUCGACAUAGAUGUGUCGGCUGCGAGGGAUGCGCUGGACGAUAGGACGAAGAUAAUCUUUUUGGCUUCGCCGAACAACCCGACGGGCAACCUGACUCCGAGAGAGCAUGUUCUUGAACUGCUAGAUACGGGGCGCAUCGUGGUGGUGGAUGAAGCGUACUACGAAUUCUGCGAUUCGACGGUGGCGGAUAUGGUAUCGGAGCACGAGAACCUUGUGGUGCUGCGGACGCUGAGCAAGUGGGCCGGACUCGCGGGGCUGCGCAUCGGCUACGGCAUCAUGAACGAGGAACUGGUGCAGCAUGUGAUCGACAUCAAGCAGCCGUACAACAUCAGCGUUGCGGCUGAGGCUGCGCUGCUGGCGUCGCUGGAGGACUCGCAACUGCUGCUGAUAAUGGAGACGCAGAUUAGCGUCGAGGUGAACCUGGACGGCAGGGGAGAAUACGAGAUCGACACGGGGAACGGGAUGUUCGAUCACCUGCUGGCACAGUUGUCGCGGCAUGGGCUGAUUGACCUGAAGGAUGCGGUAGGCGAUGCGAGCGGCAUACGUCGGAUGGCGCACUCGUAUGUGCCGCUGGACGAGGCUCUGGCACUGACGGUGGUGGACUUCGGCGGGCGCGGGUAUGCGGUGAUCGACGCGGCACUGUCAGACAGCGACCUUGGCGCGCUGCCGGCGGAGCUGAUACCGCACUUCCUGGAAACGAUGGCCCGCGAGGGCGCGUUCAACCUGCAUGUGCGGAUACUGGCGGGGAGCAGCAACCAUCACAAGGCGGAGGCGCUGUUCAAGAGCCUCGCGCGGUCGAUGCGGGCUGCGCUGGAGGUGGAUGAGAGGUUGGGUGGGGAGGUUGCGAGCACGAAGGGGAGUAUUGGGUAG